CGCUGCCGCUCCCCUCAUCUGUAAACAAACAUGGCGGCGGGCGAUGGUGGCGGUCGCGGGCGGCCCUGAGGCUCUGUGAGCGCCGGUGUCUGCCGGGGCUGCAGGCGGGCGGUCAGCUCCGCCUGCUCCUCGAGCAGGGGCUGCGGCGAGGUGGAUCGGGGCUGGCGGCACACAUGGAUGACAGCAAGGUGGUUGGAGGCAAGGUAAAGAAACCAGGCAAACGGGGUCGUAAACCAGCCAAAAUAGACUUGAAGGCAAAACUUGAAAGAAGUCGUCAGAGUGCAAGAGAGUGCAGAGCCAGGAAGAAGCUGAGGUACCAGUACCUGGAAGAGCUGGUUUCAAGCAGAGAGCGAGCCAUCUGUGCUCUCAGAGAAGAGCUUGAAAUGUACAAGCAGUGGUGCAUGGCCAUGGACCAAGGGAAAAUCCCCUCGGAAAUAAAAGCCCUGCUAACUGGAGAGGAGCAAGGCAAAGCACAGCAGAACUCAACCAAACUUGCCAAGGCUGCAAAGACAGAGGCGAACAGCAGCAAUCCCUGAGUUUCUAACUUUACGUUUUUAAGGAUCACCAUGAAAACCACUUUUUCAACCAUAACAAUCUUCCCCCCUGUGCAUCAUUCUCAGGAGGCUGAUGCAGAACCUUCCACGCUGCAGCAGAGGUGGCUUGGGAGCUGGCAGGAGGAAGAAUGCUGUUCUGAAGAGUGGAUGCAUCCCCAGGUGCCGGGGAAAGGAUCCCAGUCUGUUCUCUUCUCUUUGCUCCUCCCCACAUGAAAUUCUUUGAUUAUGGUGUUCCUAAAGCUUUGUGGGUGGGGCUUUUAGAGCAGCAGGUGUUGGUGUAAGUGGAGCCUUGUUCUUCCUUUCGCUACACUGCCCUCCCCAAAUACAGCAAUGGCAGCUUUGGGGUGUUCCCAGCACAAGAGUGGGGCUGCUUUUAUAUCAGAGCCCAGAAUUAGGCUGGCUUUGUGUUUGGUGGUUAUGUGGUUGUUGACUGUUGUGGGAGUGUGGGAGGUUCUGUAAAAGAAAACCAAGAGAAGGAUCUCCUAACAGCUUUGCUAAAGCCAAACCCAGUAUUAUAGGUUGAGGAGAAGGAGCUGGAUCAAAAUGUUUCAGUAAGAUUUAUAGCAAUGUCAUUUGUAACCUAAAUGCAGGUGUUGCUCUUGUCAUCCAUCUUUAAUGCAGCAUGUCUUUUUUUUGACUGGGAUUCUUAAAGAGAUGCUAGAUACAUUUCCUGCUUGUCCUGGUUUAGAGCAAAUUUGGGAGGAAACUUCCAAACGGGUCCCUCUAGAGAGCAGAUUCAAGUGACCCCUCCCCCAGCUGGUUCAGGAAAAUAUUUCCUUGGAGAAAAGUAGAAAAAGUCUGUUUAUUUAACAAGCAAAGUAUUCACAAGCAUAAAAAGAUGAAUAAUAUUAAACAAUAAAACCUCUUGCUGCUCUGAAGAGAUGGCAAAUUCAGAAAGUCCUUUUCAUGGGGUGUGGUAGGCUCGCUCAGUCUCUUCUCCUCCUGUGCUGGAAAAUGCUCCAUCCCGGGCCCCGGGGGGCUACAGGCAUGAGCUCCUGGUGUUUUUCUGGGUUUUCAGCCCAGAGCAGGACCAAUGAGUUCCAAGAAAAAGAAAUGCCACAAUGUGGGGAACUUCUCUUCCUCAGCUAGCUAAAGAAGCUGACUAAAGGCAAAGGAGAGCUCUGUCCCGCUGUCCAUGCUGCAGACAGCACAGUCCAUGAGAGACAAUGCAGGGGAACAAGUACAGUCUCUGCAAACAAGCUGUGCUCUUCUUCUCCUGCCCCUCACUCUCAGAACCAGUCUUAAAGGUGCAGAACUUAAUAUCCAGCAUAAACUGAACAGACAACUGGGGCUACAAGCAUCAUAAAGUCACCCUAGGGCACCACUUCUGCCCAUCCUUCUUCCAUCAGGUGCAUUUUCCACAAGCUGUGCUCCUGGGAAGACAGUCAAGGCAUGUCCCUGCAGCCUGCUUCCAGCAGGGGAACAGCUGCCAUUCCCUCUCAUCCACUGUGCCCUAAUACCUUUCCAUAGCUCCUACAUUUUGGGCCCUAGUACCUCUCUGGACAGCACCUUAAUGUGAGUUCUGCUAUGCUGUCCUGGUUUCCCAGCCAAAGACAAUGCCAGGAACUGGUAGCAAGGAAAGCAAGUUGAAUCAGUUUGGUUUUGUAGUAAGAAAGGGGAUGGCAAAACUCUUGUGGGCUGAUGACCAAGACAUGUACUCAUCCCAGUUAUUGACAGAUAACCUGCCACUUUCCUCAGACUGCUCUUUCUCCUGGAUAUGCUUUUUGUAUUCAAAUGAUGCAAUGUGGAGAGUGGAGCUCUUGGGAUUUUCAGAGGGUGUUUGGCUUGCUUAUUCUGUUUUGUUUAUGACUGUGUCUUUCUCUGUAUUUUAUGAAAUGCAUGGAACAUUUUUUAAUCUUAUAUUUUCAUAAUUGUUUCAUAGAAUAAAUAUUAUAAUGAAUGAC